AUGAUAAUGGACAUGAGGAAUCAACUCCAACAUAUCUGUCAAAUUGGCAACCUUGUCAUACUCCAGCUCUACCUCACAAUCAAUACAUAUCGCCAAAUACCAAACGACACCGUCUCACACCUUCAUCUCGCCAUUGACACUGGCAACGAACAAUUUGUUCGUCUGCUUCUCCAACAUCUCACAAUUGACGACAAGGCCAACGACAGAAUGACGUUCAAAAGAUGUGGUGUCAAGGUUGGCAUGCUCAAAGUACUGCACGAGGAGUUCAACUGUCUCUACAGAAUCAAACAACUUUGGGACGUUGCACUCUUGCGCUCGGCCAGGUGUAACAUGGUGGACAGUGUUCAAUAUAUACUUGAUAACCUUCCCUCGGAUUAUGAUCAAAAGUCAAUCGGUGUCCUCCAGAGUUUUCUUCAACAAUGCGCCACGUCAGGUUCAUCCAACAUGCUCCAAGUGUUGAGCCAGUCAACUGCUGGCGCCAAACUACUCAAGACCUACGACAACUUUGGAGGACUCGUUCAACGUGCGCUGGAGAAUGGCCAUGAAUCAUUUGUUGAGCAUCUCAAAGCCAUCCCCCUGCAUAGAACCAGCUUUCAACAGAAUGAACAUUUCACACUUUUGACCUCCAUCCUCAAAGAUGACUUGGUUAGCUUCGAGGAAUUAAUUGGACAAUGGAAUGAUCAUGAUUUCGAGUCGGACAAAAAGGUUUGCCAAAGAAUGUCGGUGGCGAUGUCAACAUUGAUAAGCAGUCCUCGAACCAUACCUCUGACUUUCUACAAUAGUUCAUUGCUCAACAUGAUCCGUGCCGUUGGUAAACCGGGCAGCAAUAUCACCGAAGAUAUUGUUUGCCAGUUCAUUGUUAACUGCAAUCAUUUUGGGCAUGACUAUGGAUAUAGCGAGGAUUCUGACUACCCUGCGUUUUUAUAUGACAUGUUGACCAUAGCUGCGGGAUUCUCCGAUGACAAGGUGAUGCGUCAACUCUUCGAUCGGUAUGGCGAGCACUAUGACAAGGACAGUUUGAAGAUGGCAAUUCAAUCAAAGUAUCACAAGACAGUGAUGUUUCUAUUACAACGACUCGAUAGGAAUGUGAUCAACACUGUCAAAGAUAGUCUAUUCAGUCUCAUUGCCGAUGGAUCAUACUCUUUGGACGAUAUCAAGAUCAUUCUGGACCGCGCCAAUGAACUCAAGACUGAUACUUUCAUAUGUGAUUGGGCUGCGUUCCAUCAACAUGACGAAGUGUUUGAGUAUGUUAUCUCAACUUUUACAUCAGAUCAACUUGAUGAACUGGUAUUGGACCGGAUCAUAUCGCAUGCAAUGACCUCAAACAAACUAAACAUUGUUCAAUCACUUCAACGACGAUUCGGGUGGGUACGUGGUCCAAAGCUCUGGACACUCCUAGAUAUGGCCGAACACAAUGCAUACAGCACACUAGAGUACCACUUUAAGUCAUCUACAUUCACCAAUAUUCAAAUCAUACAUCGUUUGCGAACCAUUCACUCUAUCUUGGACCAAGCUUAUCAACUUGGAUUGUCACGAGUGAUCAAACUGUGCUCUGAUUAUAUCAGGGCUUUGGCAAUCCCAUCAACAACAACAUUACCAUCCAAUCAUCAACAAAUGAUGAUCAUUUGCCUGUACAAUUACAUACGAUAUAACGCAAUGGAAUGGUUCCUAAAGGCAUUCUCCGUUUGGAACAACCCACAAGGUUCACAACACAACAUUGCUAGAGUUGGCAAUCAAUCAUAA